AUGAAAGGUGUUAAGCAUGACGGACGGAAGGGAACCAGAUUAUGCCCCACCAUAGACAACACUGCCAAGUGUAAGGGAAGGGACAGGGCGUGGCCCGCCGGCAACCCAGGCAGUGACUGCGAAAGGGAAAACAACCACGGCAGCCCCACUGCGUGCCCCAGUGUAUACCCCACUGCAUGCCCCACUGCAUGCCCCACUGCAUACCCCAACAAACUGGGGGGAGCAAAAUGGAGGGAGACAAAAGUGAAAAACGACGCGGACAAGGACUCGUACAAGGACGCGUACCAGGACGCGGAAGAAAAGCCGCCACGGGGUGAAGAACCAAACCACGACGUGGUUGAAAGUUUCAUCGGAAUAGAUCACCAAAACUUGCCAUUCGUGAAGAGCAACUUUGCCAGCCGCAUUAACAGCAAAAACGUAGUGCCCAUAAUAGACCUCUUCAUUCAUAACUUAUUUUUUCAUUUAAAAAGCAUUGGGAAAAAUAUAGACAAUUUUUAUUUGCGCUUUCGUAAAGUUGUGUACCCUUUUCACUUCCCCUUUAGAAAUUGUGACGUUUGUGAUGAGUGCCUGCUGAAUGAGAACAAAAGGAGGAGGAGCAGCGGCAGAAGCAGCAGCAGAAGCAGCAGCAACGGCAGGAGGGGGGUGAUGGGGAAGAGGUGGUGUGCACAUGGGCCUCAGCAGCAACACAACUGGGGAAGGAAAAAUCGGAGCGAAUUUCUCCCCCAAAUUUUAAACGCCUGGUGUGAAAGGGUAAAAUGCUUGAUAAACAUUUAUAAUAAAAAUAGGAAGAAACAGAAAGUGAAGGAGUACUUAGUGCGGGGGGGAAGAGAAGAAAGGGAUUCAGAAGAGGAUAAUUUUUUGUUCGAUCAGAGGAGUAGGUAUGACAUGAACGAGUGUGCGAAGGGGUUAGUGGAAAGCAUCAUUUUGGAUGAAGACAGAUGGAAAAAAUUAAAACAGGUAUCCUUUUUCCCAACGGGGAAGAAACAACAAUUCGUGAAAAAUAAAUCAGAUUAUGUAACCCAUCAGAGGGAAGAUCAAUUUUUACCUGACCUGUGCAGGCAAAAAGGAGAAUUAUGGAAUGAAGACAUAACCGAUUUGUACUUGAUCAAUUUGGUCAAAAGGAAAAUUGAAGAUUACAUAAAAAAUGUGCAAGUGAAAAAAUUCUGGGACGUCAUAAAUGUGCAGUCCUUAGCUAACUUUGACUAUAGGCACGCGGGGGGGGGAGCAUCCUCCAAGUGGUUAGCGGCCUCCUCCAAAUGGGUAUCGGUUAAAGGGGCAACGGCCACUUCAAGACAAAUGGCGCCCCCCAAAAUCUCCAUUUACCCUGAGCCAAUAUACGACUACAUUCAAAUCGUAAAAAAGACCAAGUGCAAGAAGGAAGGAAAAAACAGCCAAGUGGAAAAGGAAACAGAUAAAGUGAAGAUCCAAGGGGUGAAUGGAAGUAACACACGGGAAGUUGACAAGGGGAAGGCAGACAAAGAAUUCAUCAUGAAGGAUCUGUUUAACAAUACAAUUAAAAAUUAUGAAUCGAAUGAAGUUCAAAUUUUUUUAAGUAAUUACGACAAUGUAUUUUUAAAGUCCAUAGGGCGCUUUUACCUUUUGCUGAAUUUCUCAAUUGAAAUUCUGGCCAUUCUGUAUGAGGACCUGGACCUGUACUCCCUGCACAUUUUUUCCUUAUAUAGCUAUUUGGGUCAGUGCGGGGCAGGUGGCGUUGGUAGGCAAACCGACUGGCAGAGUUCUAAUCUCGCCGCAGGACGCACCUGGGGCAGUUGUGACCAAAAACAGACUUUCCUCACCAGCGCUAACGAACUUCUUUGUAGUCUUUCUCCUACCCAGCGGAGACUUGACGCGGCCGUUUUUUUCUUGUUAAGAAUAUUUUUGAAGAGUAAACAUGGGGCACCUUCCAUGGGUGUCACUGCUAACUGUGGUGAACCGAUCUGCAGCGGACCCCAGCUGUCUGGCUCCCUUGCAGACGAGAUUAUACAUAACCUUAGGGUAGAAAAGUACAAAGAAAUUAUGAAAGAAGUUAUAAAACUAACCAAGUACAUGAUUGAGAAAAAAAUUCAUUUGCAGAAGCCAGUCGUUAAGUACCUUUUAGCGGUUUAUAAAAAGUACAAGCAGAAGGUUCACGCGAUGCAGAAUAACAACAGGGGAAACAGGAGAAGAAGGACGACGUCCAAUUCGAAGCAUGUAAAAAUGUUGAGGAGAAACUUCCUUUUUCACUCGAUGAAUUUCUACUCCUUUGAAUUCUUCACCAGGAAGGAUUUGCGAGUAAAUUUGGGAGGGAGCCACAAAUGGCGCAGUAAAAGGAAGGUGCUAAGAAUUCCGGGUCACUCUAACAGGAGAGACUCCGUUGGCAAAUGGAGGACGUGCUUGCUGCGUAGUGUGGGUACUUCCUCUCGGGGGAAUAACAUCCUCGCGGUAGGUAGCCACGCGGAGGGCGUGGUUGUCCCCCGAGUGAACGGAACGAGGCUAAGGAGGGCCAGACGGGUGAGACACCUGCGAGCGCUCAGACUUCGUCUGUACGCCUACUUCAGGUUGGCGCGGCAGAUGGGGGCGGGGCCUGCCGCGGGCUCAAAAACAAAGGGCAAGACAAGUAAAAAAAGUACAGCUAGGAAGAAAAGUGAGCGGAGUAGAAAAUGUAAGAGCCGAAGUGGGGGAACUUGUCGCGAUAGAAAAUUCUCCAGUGGGUGUCAACCUGAUGAUGCACCACGUCAAGGGGAAGAACACCUCUUCAUCCUCUCCUUGUACAAAAGCAACUUGGUGAAAUCGCUAAACGUAGAGCGAAUAAGACGCAAGGUGCGAGCCCUGGUGAGGAGCAAAAACGCACUCUACAAAAAGGUUGUGCAGAAGGCUAGGGAGCGAUGUGGUCGCGACGAAAGGGGAGAAGUGGUAACACGAGACAAGUACUACAAUAUCGUUGUGGAGGUAUUAGGCAUUAUUAAAAGGCAGGACGAAGAGAUUAGGAGCAACUUGUUUGGCAUGAUACAGGGGGUGAACGAGCAACUGAAUUUGUUCUACGCAAACAUUUGCCGUUGCGCGCCAGCGGAGAGUUGGGAGCAGAGGAACGUGGAGCUCGUGAUGCAGCAGAGGUUAGGGGCGCUGCGGGGGGAAGACGGGGACUCUGUCUGGCUGAGUCGGCAGGAUAGAGGCAACGUGGAGGAAGGAGGUAACGCGACGGAAGGGGGAGAAUCGGCAGAUGAAUCAGUGGAAGCGAUGGAAGCGGUGGGCGACGAAGUAUGCAGCGACGCGUGCAAUGGUACCCAUCCUGUGCGUGAGAAAAUGGCGAGGCUUCGUCCAUCCCGGAGUGGUAAGAGGCCCCAACGGCGCCCCGCGCAGAAGGGGACAGGUAGCCACGGAAGAGGCCACGAAAGACGUUGCACAAAAUGUGAGUGCACCUUAGACAAGCACCUGCUCGAUAGGAAGGAAAAAAUGCAGAGCCGCUUCUACAACGUUAAGAAUUAUUACAAAGAGAAGAGGCACAGGAUAAACUACCUGUCAUAUGACGUGUCCAUUUUGAAGGAGUACCUAUGUGCCUACGUGAAAAAAUUUUUUGCAGACGUGAUUCUUUUGUUCGAGUACUUUUUCUGUGUGUUGAAUGCUAACCUUGGCUUGGGUUGUGGCGACGAAGGGGGGGGAGAGAAGAAGGAGGACCUCCUGUGCGAGUGGUUCUCGCUGUCCAGCGUUGAUAAUUUCAACAAUGGGGGAGCGUCCCAUCAGGCCACUCGCUUCGCUCAGGCGACGCGCUUCACACAGGCCAAUCGCUUCACUCAGAGGAAGCACACCAGAGAGUACGAAAACUACCUGCUCCUGAACAAGCUAAAAUAUUUUGCAAAAAACGACAUAAUACAAUUCAUGAGCAAAAGUAUCGGCUGUGUCCAGGAUGAGGUGCUGGUCAAAAUAGGCAGCGUGAAAAAGGCCUUCCAUUUGUUGCAUGCACUUAUGAAAACGCAAAGGAGUAACAACGAGUUGUUCAUUUAUAAGCUCCUGCUCAGUUUUGUUUUUAAGUAUGGAGAGUACUGCCAGGGGAAGGAGAUGAAGAAAGGUGAAUCAACAGGAAACGGCAGUUCCUUCUCACAGAAAUAUGCCUCCGAGUACGAACUUGAGAAAUGCUUCCUCAAACAAAAAAAAAGAAAAAAAUUCUUGUCACAAUUCGGUUUAGACUAUAUGAAUAUCCCUCAUCAUGUUACUUCAUUUUUGAAGCACAUAAUUCAGGGUUACAAAAUGGACCACACAGGAGGGAAGGUUACUCGAGUAAAUGACAACGCCAUGGAUGUGUAUACGUCUUGUUUGUAUAAUAUGGCUAGCUGUGGUAAGGAUGAUACGAAUGUGAAUUGUGUCUUGCAAAAAAUUUUAAAAAAAAAAAAAAAAGAAUUUUGCCCACCUCAAAAUAAAGGAAAAAUAUAUGCAGCAAAAGACACACAUAAGGAGGAGGAUCAUCAUCUACUCUUAUCCCAUUUAUCCUCUUUGUACGAAAUUAUUCAUGAAAGCAAUUUAGAAGAAUAUGGAAACUUGAGGAUCUUCAUAACGAUGGAGAAGAGGAAGAAGAUUAACAGGAAGAGGAAACUAAACUGUGAUGAGGUCUUCCUCAAUGCAAAUAUGAAUGGGGGUCAUAACCAUGUGGUCAGAAAAGAAAUAAAAAAAUACUCCAUCCAUUUUGUGGACGAUAAUAAGUACGUCUUCCCUUACAUUUGUAACACCUUCGAUUGGGGGGGCGCCACCGGUUCGUUUCGUCCGUCUCGUCCGUCUGCUUUGGCCAGUUGGCCGCCUUUGGCCGAUUCGUCCGAUUCGUGCGCUGCGUGCGACCCCCCCCUGGACUACGAAAUUACCCAGUUGAAUAACAAUUUUAAAUUUUUUCAUUUUAUCAAUCCGGGGAGAGAGUACUCUUUCAGGAACUCCAUCUUGAACUUCGUUUAUGGCUACCCGCUUGUGUGCGUAAGGAAGGACCUCGAGGAGGGGGUCUCCCCAUAUCAUGUGGGUUUGCGCAACGGGGCCAAAAGCGCUACACACGUGGACGGCAUCUCCCCACAUGUGGAUGUCCGCAACGGGGACAGAAGCGCUACGCACGUGGAAGGGUCAAAGGAACUCACCAAAAAAUUAUUCAGAAGAAGGAAGAGGAAGGAACUGAUGAGACAUUUAAGCAGCGUGGACAUUUCGAACAACAUCCCCCUGAAGUACAUGCACCUGUCUGUCAUCGGGGAUAUAUUUAGAAACCUCAAAUUGGAGCACGUGCUCACAGAAGCUAUUAAAAAAUUAUAUGAAGAAAUGUUACAAACGAUUCAGAAGAAAUUUUUACAAUCUAAUAAUACACAUCACUUGGCUAAUGUCGUAACUUGCUUCCUCCUUUUCUUUACCUCCUUCCUAGAUAUCCUCCUGGGGGUGAGGGACAACAACUACAUAAACCUUACCCACCAUGGUGACUUUAACAUUUUCAACAACUUUAAUGGACCUUUAUUUAAAAAACAGAAGAAAAAACGUGGUGAAGAAAGUUCAUGCAAAGGCCACAUCAAGGGGGGGAAGAAGAAGAACAACAAGAAGAGCUACGUGUACAUGCACAAUAGGUACAGCCGAAGGAGUACUUACUUGUGGUUGCUGUGGAGGGAAAGGCAGAAUGAGAUGGGUUCUCAGGUGGAACACAUAUACGUGCGUCCCAAGGGGGAGACAACGAUGGGCGUGGUGCCGGGGGGUAGACUCGUCUCCCUCAUGAGCAACUAUCGCGACUUCAACUUUUCCUUCCUCAAUAACGCAAAGUGUGUGCACGAGUACAAGGGGAAGAAGCAGUACCUCUUCGUCACUGAUGGGGGGGGUGCACCAGAGGAGGAGCGAACGGUGGAGAAGGAAGCGGCGCAGAAGGAAGAAGCAGCGGGGGAGGAGCGAACCCUACUCUUCAGACACACGAACGUCAGCGUGCACAGCGUGGAGGACAACAUCACAUGUGAAGACUCCCCCCCAUUUCUAACAAGAGCAAACUUCGCCGACGUGGUCACAUGGGGUGACAUGCAUGUGGGAUGGACCUCAAAUUUUGAGUUGAUCGAGGGGAAAAGCACGACCUCCCCCUCCCUAGUGGAACGAAUUCGUCUCGCCCUAACCAUCCUCACGGGUUACCUAAAAGAAACCCUAAACAUGAAGAAGCACUGUCUCCUCGAGGCGCUACAAAAUUUUAAGCAAUGCAAAAGUGGACUGGAGGACAUCAAGUUCAUUUACCAUUUGAACUACCUCCUCGAUUUGGACACGAAAGAAAAAAAAGUACCUGACUUGGUCAUAUUCAAAAAGGUGUACUACCUGCUCAUGGAGGCGUUGUUCGGCGGGGCGGCGCACACAUUGCCUGAGGGAAAGACAAACGAGAAACAGUUACCUUGUGUCGUCCCCCCCACAGUGGAUGCCGAACGAGUAGUAUCUUUUAUUUUCAAUUUUGUAAAAAUCACGAAAAUGAUUAAAAUGACACGGAAGGAAAAAAUGAAAAGCAUUUUCAAGUUUCUUCAAAUGUACGUGGAAAAAUCUGCUGAUUUUUAUGAGUCCAUUUUUAACAGACUGUUCCUUUUUAUAUAUGAAGAUACGAAGGAGGAGAACAGGAGGUUUCUCAGGAGACACCUGGACAGCUACUUCAAUGGAAAGAAAAUAACUUUUCAUAUCUUGAGCCACAUCCUACGAUCCCUCCCCGCGGGGGGGCAUCAACGACAAAAGCGACAGCUGUUCCGUAACCAGCCGUGGCACCACCCAGCUCAGCAACGGAGCGUGCUGCCGGACGAGGAGCCCGCCCCCCUCCUGGGGCUCAUCCCCCGGUUUAAAGAUGAGCAGAUGGAAGACGGACCCACCGCGGAACCACCCAGCGCGUGCCGCCUGCCCCCGAGACAACACCAAACCCAUCAACGCAAUUCGAAAAAAAAAAUGAAAUUCUCCAGUGUCAACGAAGAAAUAUUUAAGAAAACCUUUCGAAUGGGGAGGAGCAUUUAUUCAAGUGACAGCUGCGACUCGACCAAGCGAAGCAUCUUCCGAGUGAAGCGUGUGGAGAGUAGGAACUACCUGGCCUACGAGAGAGAGAAGGCGAAUUACUUUUUCCCUGAUUCAGAAAAAAAGACAUCUUCAUUGAAAGCGUCUAAGGGGUCUGUGGAGAAUGACUCUGUGGCAGGUAGAGACAAGGGGAAGGGGCCCAACGUAUUGUCCUGUGGAAGUUCCUCGUUAGUAACUUCUCACAGGAGAGAUGAAGUACAGGGUGAGGAAGAGGAUGGAGGAGGAAUCAGCAUAAGGGAUCACUCCACCAGGAAGGGAAAGAAAAGGGGAGAACAACUUAGCGCAGACAUUUUAUCUGAGCAGCUGUGGAAUGACGGCCUAUGGGACGAAACGAAAAGCUUCUCCACAUCCUUGUGCACGAAUGAAGAAGUUUCCAUCGCGACGAAGAAGGGUAUCACUAAGGGUGCACGAGACUUCACGCAGAGUGAAGAGAACCCACGAAGAAAAGAAUCCCUAGAGAGCUACAGCUCAAGUGAAUGCCUCCAGUACGUUAACAAUUUGUGUCUUCAAUAUGGGGAGAAAAGAUGGAAGGGACAAAAACAAAAAAAAAAAAAAAAAAAAAAAAGGGAGCACUUUUAA